CUAUGCAGCCACCACCCAGAAAGGUAAAGGAGAGCCAGCAGGUGAAACUGGUGUUCUCAGAGCAGCUCAGCAAAUUGCAGACCAAACAACAUCAGGACACUGAACUGCUGGAGGAGAUCAGGACUUUCAGUAAGCAACGAGCAGCUAUAGAGAAAGAGUAUGGUCAGGCUCUUCAGAGAUUAGCAGUCCAGUACCAGAAAAGAGACUGGCAAAGAGGAAAUACAGAUGCCAUCACAUCUGGGAGUGUGUUUGCUGCGUGGCGGUCAGUGGUAGAUGCUACAGCUCAGUCUGCCAUAUUACGACUAGCCGCUGCAGAGGAAUACCACCAGCUGAUUGGGCAAGCCUCCAGAAGUUAUCGCAAUGCGAAGGACAUCCGAGCUAAGAGAGGCCUGGAGCAGCUCCAGAGGGUACAGGGUGAAGUGGUGGAUGCUUUGCAGGAGCUGCACGGGAUCAAGAAGAGCUACCACCAACUCAGUCACAAUGCCAAUGUUGCCAGAGAGAAAGCUGCUGAUGUGCAGACCAGAGCCAGAAAGAGUGAACAUGGGAUUUUCCACUUUAAAACAGGACUACAUAAGAUGACUGCUAAGCUCAGUGCCAGGUUGAGAGAGUGUGACAACCGCUUGACUGAAGUUCGUAAUGAGUAUCUGCUGGCAUUAUCAGCAGUCAACGGUCAUCAUCAACACUACUACACCAACGACCUACCACAUAUUAUGGAGCAAAUGGACGGUGAUGUUUACGAUGAUUUAAGAAGCCAUUUUACCCUGCUGUGUGGGGCAGAAAUGGACACCUGUCUUGCUGUACACAAACUAUACAGCACGAUAUGGGAGAGUGUUGCCAAGGUGACCAGAGAGAGAAACAUUCUGCAGUUUCUUCAAGAAUCUGUCGUCUUCAGCAAAACCCCUGAAUUCACCUUCCAGCCAGCUCCACAUGACAAGGUGUCUGCUCUACAGGAGGUUUGUGCUUCAGAAGCAGAGGGCUGGCUGGUUAAGGAGGCCAAGAAAUGGGCUACAAAAGCUGCUAAAGACUACAAGAUCAUCACCCAUGGAGAGAGGGCUCUACAGAUGUUAGAGAGUCGGUUGAAGCUCUUGUCAGGGGACACGGGGUACAGUGUGGAGCAGAAAAUAGCAGAGGUGCAGGACAGUGUCAGGAAGGCCAAGCUCAGUAGGGUGAAGGCAGAAGCCCGUCUGGCAUUGUUGUCAGACAGCGUCACAGGAAUUGAGAUGUGGCUUCACAACGCCAUGAACCAGGCAGAGGAGGAGCUGGAGAGGGAGAGACGCCUCAGUGAACAGAGGAAGUCUACUGAGGACGUUUCAGAGGAUGAGUUUGAGCUGACUGACAUUGAGGACUACGAUGAUGAGAACGGAGACAUCUUUGCAGAUCCAGUGUCAGCAUCUGGAGUUUGUAUUUACCCUGCAGCCUGCAGAGUUGUCUAUAGCUAUCAGGCCAGCCAGUCAGAUGAGCUGUCAAUCAUGGAAGGGGAAGAGCUUCAAGUGAUUGAGGAUGGAGGCAUGGAGGACUGGCUGAAGGUGUGUAACGCAUGUGGUCAGGUGGGGUAUGUUCCUGAACGUUAUGUGCAGUUCCCGUGUCUACCUUCAGAGGAUGCCACUCAGCUAAACAGUUCUUUCAGCUCCACCUCAUCCACUGGGUAUAACGAGAGGGCAGUUAGCAGAGGUGUAGCCAGAGCUCUGUACUCCUACCAGGCCCAGAGUUCAGAGGAGCUUUCUUUCCAGGAGGGGGCACUAAUCCACCUGAUCCGCUGCGAACAUGCAGAGGUGGAUGAUGGGUUUUGGGAGGGACAGCUGAAUGGACGGAUCGGUCUCUUCCCAUCGCUGGUGGUGGAGCUCGUUCAUGAUGAGGGGGAGGUGGAGGAUAAGGAGGAGGAGCCUCCCCCCGCCACUACCAUGCCUCCCUCCAUCCCAAUCCCUUCCAACCCUGGCUGUAGUUCAGCUCUUAGUGCUACUCCCCCUGGCUGUGUGGAGAACAAACAGCAGGUAUUUCCCCCAACGCUCGCAGACAACUCAAUAGACACUGCAGGCGGCAGCCGCAGUUCUCCAGACUUCUCCAGCAUUCGACUAAGACCAUGUCGAGCUCCUCCUCCUCCUCCAACACAGAAGCCUUCACCUCAGCCUUGACACAAAGACGGGAGUCACUGUCAAUGUUAUACAUGACGUGUAAGGACCAAAGGAACACUGCUUUUGUGACUUUUAUUGUUAUUAUUGUUUUGUUUGCUUCUGUAUUUCUUAGCUUUUCCCACUGGUCAACUUACUUGUAAGGUGAUGUGAAUUUACAGCAGAUAGCAUAAUCACCCAUAAGACUUCAGAACAGUGGAACUAACAGAACUAACAGCAGAAACAAAGUGUAGCUGCUUCAAUACGCGCACCAACAUUCAGUGUAAUGGUGAUAUAACAUUAACAUUUAAGUAAGGGUGGUUGUGAAAAACAUUAUAGCACACAUAGUGUCUAUCACAUGCAACUGAGCUUUUACUUUGUUAGCUCUCAGCAAAUGACCCUUUGGAAGCAAUAUUUGCAUAGUAGGUUGCUUACAGGUAAGUAUGCAGUUCUAACUUAACCCCUGUGCAUCCCUUUAAAUAAGUUACUCUGAUGUAAAAAUGUCUGCAUACUGCCAUACAAUUAUAUAGUAAUGAUCUGUUCCACCUUCAUUGAGUUAAAUCUUAUAACCAGCUUCAGGCCUGAUCAUAACUACUAAAUAUUCGUUAAUUUUCAAUAUGUCACUGUUGUUUUUUUAUUGUAAGAAAACACACAAAAAAUGCCAGGGGGAUUUAAAAAUGUUUUCACAGUCUGACAUGUUUCAGCGAUUAGCAACAACAUUGAUCUUGAUGGAUUGCAUACAGCAGCAUAAACUCUAGUGCCAACCAGGAAUAUAACAUGACACAUAGGAAAUUGGCUCAACCUGUUGGGAAAAAAAUAUAAUUUUGAGG